CCACGCAGCAUGGCCGAGAAACCCCAAAUCCAGCUCUUCAUCAAGGCAAGCGAGGAUGGGGAAAGUGUGGGGCACUGCCCCUUCUGCCAGCGGCUCUUCAUGGUGCUGCUGCUCAAAGGGGUGCCCUUCACCCUCACCACUGUGGAUGUGAAGAGGGCACUGGACGUGCUGAAGGACUUCGCACCAGGUGCCCAGCUGCCCGUCCUCCUCUAUAACGGCGAGCCCAAGACCGACACCAUCACCAUUGAGGAGUUCCUGGAGGACCAGCUGGGUCCCCCCAUGUGCCCCAGUCUGGUUCCACAGUACCCAGAGUCAAGCCUGGCUGGGAAUGACAUUUUCCACAAGUUCUCUGCCUUCAUCAAGAACCCGGUACCUGCCCAGGAUGAGGCGCUGCAGCGGAGCCUGCUGCGGGCCUUGCUGAAGCUGGAUGAGUACCUGAGUGCUCCUCUGGAGCACGAGCUGCUCCAGGACCCCCGCCUCCAGGCCUCCCAGCGCCGUUUCCUUGAUGGAGAUCACCUCACACUCGCUGACUGCAACCUGCUGCCCAAGCUCAACAUCGUUCAGGUCGUGUGCCAGCACUACCGCCACUUUGGGAUCCCCAAGGACCUGCAGGGUGUGUGGCGGUACCUCAACAGUGCCCAUGAAACCAAGGAGUUCAAAUACACCUGUCCCAAUAGCCAGGAGAUUAUACAAGCCUAUCGUUCUGUGGCCCGGGCACCGCAGUGAGCCGGGCACGUGCCCUGGUGGGUGGAGGACCAAGGCUGGGGUCAGGCAGGAGGUCAGCCCACCCUGCCCCUGCCUGUAAGGGCUAAGGAGAGCUGUGCCCCACGUAUCCAAAUUCCCUUCAAUGGCACCCAGGUGCUGGCAGCAAUCCGCAGUGCACUGAGCCCCUCCUGUGCCACCCACCCUUCCUCACAACCAGGACAAGUGUUGCCAUAUUAUGUGAGCUUUUGUGAGAUGUUUAUAGCUCUGUAACUAAAUUUCCCAGAGCAUGUACUGUAAACAUCUUGUUUUCCCCAUUCCUUUCUGAUUAUAGUCAACUGAUGGACUUUUAGCCUGGCCAGUGGG